CAGAAGUAGCAAGCCUGUCCCAAGCUCAUAGAGCCCCCAACCCAACCCUUUUCAUACUUAAAGAUUAUGUCCUAAUUAAUUAAUUAAGGAUAUACAAUUAGUUAAUUACUCUGACAAAGUAUCCUGAGAUUAUUCUCUAUAUAUGAUUGAAGGUUCCUUUCCUUCUACAAGGAUAUCUAUUUUGAACACAAUAAUAUGCUAGCUCAUUACCAAAUCAUUAGAAAAUACCCGUGCAAAAUGUAGGUAUAUAUAUGCACCCCCCAAAAAAAUUAUUAAUUAACAUAUAUCGAAGGAAUAUUGAAGGGUUCAAAGUUCAUGUAUUGGAAUAUAAUUGUAUAGGUACUUCUCAAUCUAAUUCCUUGGAGGGUCAUCAAGAUUUUCAUUACUUUAAUUCUCAACAAUAUUAUGCUAGAAUUCACCAAUCAAAAGCAUCCCUAGGUUAUUAAAAUCAAAUAAAUGCGUGCUCCAAAGUUCAUCAUUAUAGUCCACUUACCUUGUUUCUUGGUUUCAUAUUAGACAUACAAAUGUGAUCCGUCAUAAAAGGCUUGCUAAUUUCAUAUCUUUUUAAUAACGAGCCACACCUACGACUUCAGAUCCUUCUACUGUUAUCAAUGUCUGGUUUGAUGGUGCUACCAAGCGUGGUCAAGGAGGUAGUAUUGGUUUUGUCGGCUUUCAUGCAACAGGUAAUGUUCUAUUUGCUUUUGGAAAAUUUUAUGAUGGGAUUCAGGACCCAUUUCUCAUGGAAUGUUUAGCUCUAUGAGAUGCAGUCCAAUGGUGUCCAACUCAUUCCUUUCUUGUUGUUCGUUUUCAUGGGGACUCUCAACUCUUGAUACGCCGGAUGAUUGGAGGUGACAUGCAUCAUAUUCGGGGUGGCGCAAUUUUGGAGGACGCAAGGAGCUUGGCAUCUUCUUUCAACAGUAUUUCGUACUGUUUUGUUUCUCGUCAACUCAAUAGGGCUGCCAUCAUGUGACACAAAAGGUCCUCUCAUCGGGAGUUCGACUACUGAUCGACUCCCGCGCUUUUCUUUCUACCCGCUUGUGACUUUUGAUUAAUAUUCUGACUUUGAAAAAAAAAAUUAAAGAGAGUUGGAAUUGUCAUGGAAGAAGACGGUAAAUCAUAGCUCAAUAAAUUGAAAUUUGGUGAAUGUAAACAUCAAGAAAACCUAAACAAUUGUGAAUUGUCUUUAUAUGAGAUAACUCAUAACUCUUGAGAUAACAACAAGGGGGGAAAAGUUAGAACUUGGCAUAUAAGUGAAUCAUCUUGAUUAAAAAUCAACAUUGAAGUCCCAAAAAAAAAACAUUUUCUUCUCUUCUUUUUUCCAAUUCUAUAUCUAUCAUCCUUAGCUAGCUAUUCCCUACCAAACACACAAAUUUGUGGCAAUCAUUAUCGAACAUGGUUGCCACCCCAUCAAUCUCCCUUUGACAACUCUCCACCUCCCAAAAAACAAAAAAAAUUCCCCACCAACUCCCCAAACUUUCCACUUAUUUAUAUAAACCCCCUCCUCCCUCCAAAAAUUCCCCCCUUUUACAGGAACAACACUCCCCUCCCCUUCCCUCCAUCCAAAACAAUGCACAUCAGCCCCGGCCACCGCCGGGCAGUCGCUCUACUCGUUCUCCUUCUGAUCGGCACCGCCACUCGCGGCGGCGGCCAGGCUGCCAUCUCCUCCUCAGCCGCAGCAUUGGCGGCAAGCAAGAGGGCCUACAAGAGCGCCGCGGCCCAGUUCGUGGGCCCGCAGAACGCGGCGAGGGCGGCGCUCAAGAUGCCUCCCUUGCGGUGGGACGCGCGCCUGGCGGCGUACGCGUCGCGGUACGCGGCGCGGCGCAAGUGGGACUGCGCGCUGGUGCACUCGAACGGGCCGUACGGGGAGAACAUCUUCUGGGGGAGCGGGAGCGGGUGGACCCCCGCGCAGGCGGCGGGCGCGUGGGUCGGGGAGCGGCGGUGGUACAGCUACUGGUCGAACUCGUGCGCCGGCGACCAGGACUGCGGACACUACACGCAGAUCGUGUGGCGCGGGACGAGGCGGGUCGGGUGCGCCCGGGUGGUCUGUUCGGGUCGGAGGGGGGUGUUCAUGACGUGUAACUACGACCCGCCCGGGAAUUACGUUGGGGAGAGGCCGUAUUGAUGAUGACAAAAAAAAAUCUGAUUAUAUGAUUAAUCAUCAUAAUGAUUGAUUAGUUUUUUUUUUUAAGACAAUUCCGAUUUUGAUUUCCUUUUUCGAUCGCUUUCAUUUCUCCCAUGGGCUUGGCUUGUUAUAGUUUCAUUGUAACUAGUGAUUACUUAUUGAGACAUUGAGCCUGGUGGUAAUGAGAAAGAAAGUGAGUUGAGGAGUAAUCUGCGAUAUUGGACCAAUGAGAUCAAACUAUUAUUGAUAUAUGAGCUGAUUGAGUUUUUCAGUUUGUAGAUAUAAUGAUUUUUGUUUUUAUCUCGUAAUAUAAUCAAAUUCCUUUU